ACAACGCUGUUUUUCAACCACAAUAAAAACACACUUGAUCAGAGACUACGGAGAUGUCCCGUGAUGAGAGGGUGUAAAUUUUGUACAUUUUUAUAUGGAGUUCUGCACCAGAGGAGUUACGACAACUUUGCUGCAUGGUCACUUUGUUUCAGUUUUUUCUCAUUAGUAGCUGUUACUGGAUGAAAAUGAGUUUAACGCAGCAGUGAGGAGAAGCCAGAGAUCGACAGAAUAAGUCUCAUUUUGUGUAAAUGUAUCCUGGACUUACUGGAUCAAAGCAGCGCUACAGUCAGCCAUCCUGAAAGGAAACUGGGCUGCUGGAGUCGCCCCGAAGACUGGGACCACGAAAGACAGACUUUCAAAAGCGAAGGAUGGGUGAUUAUGUUGAAACGGGGCUACAGACUGUUGCAAGACAGCUUUUUUCCCCCGAGUCUGCUUCAGUUUAGCGUCCCCCUCGACUUCCUGUGUGAAUCUGGCUCCUGCAUUGCUCCACAAGUCAGUUUCCACACGUCACCCUUAGGACAGCCUGAGCGACGGUAAAGAGUCACUGUAUCUCCGGUCAUGUCCAGGUCCAGUCGGCGGUACAAGCCUCUGCAGCAGAGCAAUGGCAGCGGCUCUUUCGCCAGCUGUGACCGGGUCCGGAUGCCCCGGGCCCGCAUACUGCUGCUCUGUCUCCUCGGGGUUCUGUUGCUGGCGGUGGUGCUGGGACUCUACCUGUCCAACGACACCACCGGUGGACAUGUGAACCGCAUGCCCGCUGCGGACCUGACCAAAGACAGGUUGUCUCACAAACCCAGUAAGUGCUCUCCAGCUCAAAUCCGCCGCCUGGCCUCUCAGGUGGACGGGACUCGUCUGUGGGAGGCUCACCUCAGGCCCAUCCUGAUAGAGAGGCUCCCGGGGACACAAGGCAGCCUGGCUGUGCAGCAGCACAUCACCUCCACCUUGUCCUUGCUUUCUGCUGGCUGGUCCAUUGACCUAGACUCUUUCCAGUCCCGAACCCCUCGAGGCCAGGUCACCUUCACUAAUAUUGUUGCCACCCUGGACCCUUCAGCCCCCCGGAGGCUGCUCCUGGCCUGCCACUAUGACUCCAAGGUCCUGCCUCCAGACCCCCGGGCCCCAGAGAAGGUGUUUCUCGGGGCCAGUGACUCGGCGGUUCCCUGUGCUAUGAUCCUGGAGCUUGCCACUUCUCUGGAUGCCCAGCUAAAAUCAUUUAAACAGCAGAAACUUCCAGUCUCUCUUCAGCUUGUGUUUUUCGACGGCGAGGAGUCAUUUGAAGAGUGGACCGCCACAGACUCGCUGUACGGCUCUCGCCACCUGGCUGAGCGCAUGGCCAACACGCCUCACCCCGCGGGCUCCUCGCACUCCACCAUGCUCCAGGCCGUGGACCUCUUUGUGCUGCUCGACCUGCUCGGUGGUCCUGAUCCACUGAUUGCGAAUCACUUCGAUAACACGGCUCGCUGGUUUGACCGCCUGAUUGCAGCAGAGAAGAGACUCCAUCGACAGGGCCUUUUGACAUCUCACCCCUCAGAGCAGACGUAUUUUAGGAAGGAUGUGUAUCUUGGACCUGUGCAGGACGACCACAUCCCCUUCCUUCACAAAGGUGUCCCUGUGCUUCAUGUCAUUGCCACUCCCUUCCCACAGUUCUGGCAUACGCUGGACGACACAGAGGAGAACAUGCACCGUCCCACCGUAGAGAACCUGACCAAGGUCAUGGCUGUGUUUCUGGCUGAAUACCUGGGCUUCUGAGCACAAAACGCAAACGUUGUGGUGAAGGUCCACACAGCUGUCCCCCGAAAAGCUCUGCUCGGUUUUACCCUGUACUGCAGUACUGGUUACGUAUAAAUGACCAAGUGCAAAAGAGGAAACCCCAGUGAAAUAAACUAAACUGAACUGGGAUACCAGCUGAACUUUACCAAAGACUUACCCCUGCUUAAUUGUCCGGUCUCCUUGGUUUCAUGUAACAGAUCGGUUGGAGACCCUUAUCCAAAUGUCUGGGCAAGUGAAGUGGACAAAGAUCAUUAAUUAAAAUAUUAUUGUGAUGGCUAAUGAGCAUGGUACCUGAGGAGCAGCUGAGAAGUAAGUUUGUAAUUUCAAAAGCACUCGAAAAUAAUAUAUUUGCUUCAUUCCUGUGGAAAAAAACAAAAAAAACCCCAAAAACAAUCAUAGCCUUAUCCGUUAUUUACCCCGUUAAUAUGAUCGAGAUGCACUACUGUCUUCUUAAAGACAGACUUCACAAUCAGAGCUGUAGUGAACACUGUUCAUACAGUGACGAUGGUGAGCGACAGCUAUGUCUUAUCUGUGAAUAAUUCUCUUUAACUUCACUGGAGUGAAGAUCCUCUUGGCCUUACAACCUGCUGUUAUUAAUUGCUAACUAUAAUAUAUGGUUGUAAUGCACUGUUUGUGUCAUUGUAAUGAUAUUAGAGUGAAAAUCCAACAAAUGUGCUUUCAAACCAUGAGAAAGGUGUAGCGAAAAGUCUGCAAUAAAAUUGAAAUGGUUUAUUCAGUUUUUCUCUCAAAAUUUGAUGCACCUUUGGGAAGUCCAAUACACUGAAAAACGCUGUUACUAGAAAAAUUCUGUAAUUUCUAGAUACGGUAUUUGCAGGAAAAUUUUACCAGCAUAUUCCCAUCUUAUCAUCCCUUUAACUAGUCGAAAAACCUGAUCGUUGUAAAUGUCUUGACACCAGGAAGGAAUGUAGUAUUUAAGGAUGAGUGAGAGACACUCUGAAAGUGUGGAGAUCCACCGCAGCGCUUUACAGCACAUCUGUGAACCGGUAUGCUGAAUUUAAUCCAGCCAUAUGUCGUUAACUUUUACUGUCUGUCUUGUAUUGUGUUCUAUAUAUGUUUAUGUCUGCUGAGUCAUGUUUUGGUAAUAAAACUUUUACUUGCAAAAUGUUUGUUUUACUGACACCAGAAAAGAAACUCUCAACUCAAGAAGGAG